AUGUCCGCCGGCUGGUUCCGGCGCCGCUUCCUGCCGGGGGAUCCGCUCCCCGCGCCGCGGCCGCCUGGGCCCCGCGCCAGCCCCGUGCCCUACCGGCGGCCUCGCUUCCUGCGAGGCUCGGGCUCCGCCGCGGCCGACGCCUCGCGCCGCACCGACGCCCGGCCCGUACGCUGCCCGGCGCGGGGCCGCACGCUGCCCUGGAACGCAGGCUACGCCGAGAUCAUCAACGCAGAGAAGUCGGAGUUCAAUGAGGAUCAGGCCGCCUGUGGGAAGCUGUGCAUCAGGCGGUGUGAGUUUGGGGCUGAAGAGGACCAGGAGUGGCUGAGCCUGUGCCCAGAGGAGUUCCUGACGGGUCACUACUGGGCACUCUUUGAUGGGCACGGUGGCCCAGCUGCAGCCAUCCUGGCUGCCAACACCCUGCACUCGUGCCUGCGCCGGCAGCUGGAGGCCGUGGUAGAAGGCAUAGUGGCCACUCAGCCCCCUAUGCACCUCAGUGGCCGCUGCAUCUGCCCCAGUGACCCCCAGUUUGUGGAGGAAAAGGACAUCAAGGCCGAAGACUUGGUGGUCGGGGCCCUGGAGAGCGCCUUCCAGGAGUGUGACGAGGUGAUCGGGCGAGAGCUGGAGGCCUCAGGCCAGGAGGGUGGCUGCACAGCGCUGGUGGCUGUGUCCCUGCAGGGCAAGUUGUAUGUGGCCAAUGCUGGGGACAGCAGGGCCAUCUUGGUGCGGCGUGAUGAGGUUCGGCCACUGAGCUCUGAGUUCACUCCGGAGACUGAGCGGCAGCGGAUCCAGCAGCUGGCCUUUGUCUGCCCUGAGCUUCUGGCGGGUGAGUUCACCAGACUGGAGUUCCCUCGGCGACUGAAAGGGGAUGACUUGGGGCAGAAGGUUUUGUUCCGGGAUCACCACAUGAGUGGCUGGAGCUACAAACGUGUGGAGAAGGCGGAUCUCAAGUACCCACUGAUCCACGGACAGGGUAGGCAGGCUCGAUUACUGGGCACGCUGGCUGUCUCCCGGGGCCUAGGAGACCAUCGGCUUAGAGUCCUGGACACGAACAUCCACCUCAAGCCCUUCUUGCUCUCCGUCCCACAGGUAACCGUGCUGAAUAUGGACCAGCUGGAGCUACAGGAGGAGGAUGUGAUUGUCAUGGCAACUGAUGGGCUCUGGGAUGUCCUGUCCAAUGAGCAGGUGGCACGGCUGGUGAGGAGCUUCCUUCCUGGAAACCAAGAAGACCCACACAGGUUUUCGGAGCUGGCCCAAAUGCUGAUACACAGUACACAGGGGAAGGAGGACAGUCCCACAGGACAAAGGCAGGUGUCCUACGAUGACGUCUCCGUGUUCGUGAUCCCCUUGCAUAGCAAUGACCAAAGAGGCAGUGGCCGCUGAGAAUUCAGACCCUGUGACCCAGAACCAUUCCACAGCCAGGUGCAGUCUGGGCAUCCCUCCACCGUGGCCAAGAGCAGACCUGUCUGCCCUGCCCUACCAUAGCUCUGUAUCCUUGCCUUCCACCCCAAUUCAUACUCAUUUCAAGGGGAAAUAUUUAUACCGGGCAUCAGGGCUAGCAGGGUAUAGAGAGCCCAGCCCAGCAGGCUGCGCUUUUGCAGUUACAGCCCUCUGGCCAGGGUACUUUACAACUUAGGAGGAACCCGUGCAAAUCUCCUCAAGACAGGAUCCUCCACAGCCCAAGGUAGGAUUCUCAGAUACGGAAGCCUGCACUCGGGUUAUCAGCCUGACAUGCCAAGAGGGGCAGCUAGCCCAUUUGGAUUCAGGUCUCCAUGCCACAAAUACCAAGGCAUCCAUUCAACCCGAGGACCAUGCAGGGUGUCUUGGGGAAAUCUUUGGGGACAAUCUCCCAUCUGCUGCGACAUCCACUGUAAAAGACAGCCCCUGAGGAGACCAGCUCAGGUCCUGCCCUGCCAUCCUCUGCCACCAGAGGCAGGGCACAGGCACUGGGGACAGCAAAAAGGGACAAGAGGAGUGCCCAGAGCUUCUUGGUAGGGGAGUGCAAUCUGGUCACUUGACUGGCUGCUUGUCCCUGGCCCCAGCAGUCUGAUGUCCAGCCAUGCCUCUGCUUUGUUGCUCCCAAUUAUUAAAUAUUUGUACACAGAAGAGCCCUUGCGAGUGGUGAAUUGAAGUACCGCUUGGAUCAAGAACACCUUUGCCGUUUAUUACCUUCCAGUGGGUUACUCUGAGGUCUACCUUGCAAGUGUGCACAUGGUCAGGACUCGACUCUGUAGUCUCCCUGGUUCUUAGCUCUGAU